AUGUACCAACUACCGCACUAUUCAGAUGCGCUCAAGCAAUUUCCCUCGGCUGCACUGACAGCAUACUUCGCUUCUGGUGGUGGAAAUCCAGGCUCUGGAAAUCCAAUGGCAGCUGCAAGCAAUCAUCAUUCGUUAGCUGCAGCAGCUGCUGCCGCUGCUGCUGUAGUUUCACAUAAUAAUCCAUUUUCGAUUGAUAAUAUUCUUGGUACACGUCCACGUUUACCAGUUCAUUUAUCACCUUAUUAUGCAUCACCAUCAGCAAGUACUGCUCAAGCUGCAGCUGAUUUCUACUAUCGAUGCCGUCGCGAAACGCUCGAUAAAUCUCAACGAACUGACGGCGAAAGUAUUGCAACAGGUUCAUCAACGCCAAGUGCAAAUUCCAGUUCAUCACUUAGUAGUGUUGGUCAUGAACCUACAGCAAACAAUGAUCAUUCGUCUUCAACAUCACAUAAUCUCGUUGUCGGUUGUUCGACAACCUCAAUUUCUGCUGCAAAUAGUACUAGUUCAAGAUCAGAUUUAUCACCUGGAAUUUCAUCAGCACAUUCUCCAACGUAUGCUCAACAACCGUUAGCUUUAACAACAUCGAAUACGCGAUUGAGUAAUGGUAGCAAAAAUAAUCAUGAUGACGAUGAUGACGAUGAUGACGAUGGUGAUGAUGAUGAUGACGAUGAUCAUACCUUUGCUAAUCCAUCUUCUCGAAAAGAAACUUUUCCAAUCAACCAUAUUCGUCAACAACAACAAUCGCCUGCUGGACCUUAUGUCAAAUUCUAG